AUGACCUUUCACCCAGAUUCUCUCCCCGAUCUCUCCGGGAAAGUUUUUGUAGUGAGCGGAGGGAAUGCUGGAAUAGGGUACGGCACUGUUUCCCGGCUCGCGGAGCAUGGCGCGCACAUAUACAUGUGUGCUCGAUCUCCCACCAAAGCCUCCGAGGCAAUUGCAGAGAUUAAACUCAUAUACCCCAAAGCGAAUAUCACCUUACUAGAGAUGGACCACAACAACCUCUCUUCCGUCGUUUCAGCCGCUAACAAUUUCUUAUCGAAGGAAACCACACUCCACGGUCUCGUCAACAACGCUGGAAUCAUGGCCACUCCCCUUGAAAUCACCAAUCAUGGAUACGAGGCUCAAUGGCAAACCAACUACCUAGCACAUUGGGUCUUUACCUCUUAUCUCUUGCCGAUUAUGCUUAGAACCUCAAAAUUGCUUCCGCCUGGUAGCGUUCGCGUCGUAAAUAUUUCUUCUUCGGGUCAUUUUUGGGCUCCGAAAGGCGGAAUAAACUUUGCUGAUACCUCUCUUACUGGGAAUUCCAAUAUGAAUCGCUACGGUCAAAGUAAACUUGCUAAUAUCCUUCACGCAAAGACCCUCAACAAACUGUACGGACUAUUCUCAGGUCCCUCAGCACCGGCAUCCAAAGCAGAAGAUGGCGAGAUAUGGACUUCGGCUGUGCAUCCUGGUCUUGUCAAAAGCGGACUUUCAAGCAAAAUCGCAGAACCAGAGUGGUGGAUGAAACUUACUGGUCCUAUGGCAUCCCUCGGAUUACAACAAGAUGCAGAUACGGGCGCGAGAACGUCACUUUUCUGCGCAGCGAGCCCAGACAUGAAAGCCGAGCAAAGCGGUACUUAUUUUCAGCAGAUUGCGAGUGCCGGAUGGCAAAGUUGCUCGGCAAAGGAUAUGGUUCUUGCUGCAAAGUUGGAGGAUUGGACGAAGGCUGAGAUGGCAAAAGGAAACUGGGUUAAUUAA